GUAAAAUUAAUAGUUUCCCUGAUGAGGCGAUUGGCAGUUGAAGUUCCACUCAUACAAGUUCCAAUUGAUAGUUGCAUCUGCACGCACUUGCUCACCAUUAAAAUAAAUGAGUGAAAAUGGUGACAUUGAUUGACCCUUAAAACCUACGGCUGCCUAACGCAAAUGCCUCAAAGUCACCCACUCACAUGCUUUCAGCUCCCUUCCUCCACCUUCAUGCUUUUCCCACGGCGUUGCUACUGCUACUGCUAUUGCCAACUUUUCACUUACUUUGAUUUAAGUUUCCAUAAAAAAUCAUGAAAUCUCCAACCCCUUUGAUCUGUUCACAAACAGCAAUGAACUCCUUUCAAUCUAUUGUCUUCUCAUAUCUCUACAAUAAGAAGGCAAAGCAACUUGUGUUGUGGUUGAUUUGGCUAUGGGGGUUUAUCUUGAUUGGUGUCUCCUUUUAUUCUACUCAACAUAUGCCGUUGACAUCUUCUUUAAAAAGUCAGAUAAAAAAGAGCAUGCUUUUAAAUGGUGAAUUGGUGGAUGGUCCUACUAUUACCAUAUUUACAGCACCAAAGCCUUUUGUGGGUACUACUGGGGAAAGGCAGGCUCUUGCUAUUCAAUCUUGGCUUGGCUUAUUACCAGAUAUUAGUGUUGUUCUUUUCAGCCAAGACCCAUCUGUUUUCUCCUUUGCUGAAUUGUUAAGUCACAGGGUAUCAGUUGAGCCAAACAUCGAUUUCACGUUCCUAGGCACACCAUUUUUUCAUUCCAUGGUUGCAAGGUCAAAAGCAUCUUCUUCAGAUGUUUCUGUUGUGAUUGAUCCAAACACCAUACUCUUGUCAGACUUCAUUAAAACUAUCAGACAUGCGCAUAGACUUGAUCAUGAUUGGCUUCUUUUUUCUUCAUCAAAGAGUGUUCCCCACUUUCCAUUUCACUUGGAUGCAGAUGGAAAACAUUGGCUCCAAGAUGAUGGAAACCGAGUGAAGACUCAAAAGGUAUGGUUAAAAAGAGUACAAAUGAUUUGGACAGGAUCAGUCCUGAGGAAACUUCUUCCUUUAAGUAUUCUGUUCCUGCAGUUGCAGGAUUUUCUUUCACAAGAACGGAAAUGGAAUCUUUGUGAGGGAAAAAUGCUAAUAGCAUGGAACAAUGGAGACCUUCCCUUGCAUAAAGGAGUCCUCCCCCCUUUUCUAUAUGGAAAGGGGCUUCAUAACCGCUGGCUUAUAAAUGAAGCUCUGUUCUCUGAUUUCAGAUUUGUCUUUGAUGCUAGUUGGGCCAUUUCCAAUUUGUACCUUAAUGACUUUGACCAGGACUUCAAUUGCACAAGUGAAGAUUUUCUUGGCCUGGCUACUAGAAAAAGGUUUUGGGAAGCCGCAGGGAACUCCAAUUUGGCAAUGCUUUAUGGAUCAUUAUAUUUCCAUGAACAGAACUUCUCUAACAUAUUUAGACUUUUUCAGUGUGGAGGACACUAUCUCUUCAUAAAUUCAGCACAAAUGGUUGUUUACCCUUUGAGGUAUAAAGGAUCAUUGAGUUUAAGAAAAGAAGUUAUGUUCAAGUCAACAAGAGAGAAGAAUACUUUGGAAUGCAUUGAUACUAUUAGAUCAACUGAGGGAGCUAAGGACUGCCCAGUGAAGGACUACUUGAAUGUGUCGAUGCCCAUUUCGCUUUCCUUGUCUUUAGAAUUAUUACUCUCACUUCGUGCAGACAGUAAUAAGACAGUUGUGCUAGCAGUUGUUGGGUAUAGUUACAAGGACAUGCUAAUGAGUUGGGUCUGCAGGCUACACCAUCUUCAGAUCUCUAACUUUUUGGUCUGUGCUCUUGACGAUGAUAUAUAUGAUUUCUCUGUCUUGCAGGGCCUACCUGUCUUCAAGUUUGCCAACCUUGAAAUCGAGAUCAGCUUUGACAACUGUCAUUUUGGAACUGAGUGCUUUCAGAAAGUAACCAAAGUUAAGUCCAGAAUGGUUCUGCAGAUACUGAAGCUUGGUUACAAUGUAUUAAUGAGCGAUGUUGACAUUUAUUGGUUCAAGAAUCCACUCCCCUUCCUUAGCUCAUUUGGCCCUGCAGUUCUUGUGGCACAAUCAGAUGAAUACAAGUUGACAGGACCUAUAAACUUACCUCGACGUCUGAAUUCUGGGUUCUAUUAUGCUCAUUCGGAUGCUAUGACUAUUGCUGCUCUUAAGAAGGUUGUGAAGCAUGCAGCAAACUCAAAUCUCUCUGAGCAGCCUAGCUUCUAUGAUACAUUGUGCGGGGAAGGUGGAUACAAUCGCAUAGAUGAUAGAAGAUGCUUAGAACCUCAAACGAACCUGACCGUUCAAUUCCUGGACAGAGACCUCUUCCCCAAUGGUGCAUAUAAAGAUCUUUGGCAAGAAAGAAAUGUUGAGGAAGCAUGCUUGAUGAAGGGUUGUUUUAUUAUUCAUAACAACUGGAUUAGUGGGAGAAGGAAAAAGCUAGAACGUCAAGUGCCAUCCGGGCUUUGGGAGUACGACAUGAGCACAAGGAUGUGUUUGCAGACGUGGCACAAAACAAAAUAUGUAUAUUUUUGAAACAACAAAAACUUGGAUGCUUUUGCUGCUUUAUGUAUCAUGGAAGACUUUGGUUUUGCCGGUUGAGGAGAACACAAAGAAAUUUUAUUGUUGGGAGAUAUAAUUUUCUAUUUGGCCUUUGGAGUUAUCACUUGACUAAUUUGAGAUAAUGUUAAGUUCAUAAUGGCUGGCCCUGGUCUAUAGAAACAAAAUAUGUUAUAUUAUGCUGGAGACCUUGUCUGUAUACAUAUAUCUGAAUGCAACUACACUCCUAUAUUUUCUUUUUCUGAUCCAUGAUGCUCAUAAUUGUUGUAGCGGCUUGUAAUUGCUGGAAAUGCUGAAGCUUUGUAGUAACAAGUCAACACGAGGCCAGAAUACCAACAGAGAAUAUGAAAAAAGGAAAAGGUUGAAGGAAACUAAUUCGUAUAGUCUGAAUUUACAACUUAAGGAUAUCACUGUGCGGAUAGUUCAUCCUGGUGGGAAGGUAGAUAUGUACGACUGUGCCAUUUCUGCAGUUCAGUUAUUAAAGAACUAUCCAGGAAGGCAUGUAGCUCUGCCGCAUUUUUUCGACCGUCCCCAUGAAUCUGUUCUCACUGCAGAUGAUAUUCUAUUGCCAGGGCAAAAAUACUUUGUAAUCCCAUCUAGUACUGUAGAGAAACUGAAGCACAGACACUCCCAUAAAGCAAAACAUCCCACUGAAAACGAGGAGCCUGAGUUGGACCGCGAAGAAGUUGUGGACGUUAAUGGUGAUUGUUUAGAGGGCUCUAUAUGUCUUGCAAAGGACUUCUACUCCUCCAAAGAGAGAUGGUCUGGUUGGUUAUGGAAGAAAAGGCAGCAGGAGAAGAAGCCAUUUGUACCUCCUAUCUCGACUCCAAAAUUAUGGAGUUCGAGAUGGGAACCUCAUCUAGAUUCAAUAGAGGAGAUUUCUCCAUGAGUAUUCUAUUCACCUGAUUCUCAAAUCGUUUUAACUAGUACCAAAAACAUCUGGUAUUUCAAUUUUUUAUGCUGUUUUAACUGCAAUGGUCUAUCUCUUGCUGAGGAGAGCUAUAAUGGUUUUGUCA